GAGGAAACUAACGAGAUAAUGCCGGCUCACCCGACGAGCUUGGCGCGUCUCACCAGCAAGCUGAUUCUUACCGCACCCUCCAAUGGCGAUGAAUACACGUGCGUAGCUACUGCAGGACUCAAACGUACCACUUCUACCACCACAGUUUACAAUGAGAAUGAUGAAGAUGAGGAACUGCUGGACAUCCAGAAGCUUCUGUUCAAGCCUGCGAAGCCGAUCAUCACGUCCUUCUUCAACGAGGUGUUCCAAGACAUGGGCACUGAUAUCGUACUCCCGUGCCGCGUUUACAGCCUCACCAAAUCCCAGGCUUUGUGGCAAGACCCUAAUGAUGAAGUUAUCUAUGGAGACUCUGGAAGAAUUCGGGUUCUGCCAUCUGGCGAUCUUCUCAUCACCAACUUAAGAUGGAGCGACAUGGGUACCUACACAUGCACGGCGAAAAAUAUGUACGGAAAGGAGUCCGUGUAUACUUUCUUGUACCCCACAAAACCACUACAGUAAAAUGAAAAUGGCCACUACGAAUUUCGACCAAGAAUGUUACCCGCCGAUAGUCCUGUACAAUUGUAUUAAAUGUUCCUAUGUAUUUGUAAGCAUAUUUAAGAUGUUAAUUUAUUGAUUUACCUCUUUAUUUAUUUUAAUGAAAUAGACCAUGUGUGAUAGUAUUAUUAGGUACUUAAUUUAGAAAAUAAGUAAUUUUGUGUUAUGCAGACUGUUUUUAGUUAAUAUUUUAGUUUUUAGCUGUAAGUGUAACGUGUAUAAGGUUAUGUAUACUGAUGAUCUCCUUUUAUUAAAUGUUUAUUAUGAUA